UUAAGAAUGGCAGCCGGAGACGACCUAUUGUGUAAUUUCAGAAAAUGUAGGAAAAGGGUGAAUACAUUUGGAUGGGUUACUUCAUGUUCACAUAUAUUUUGUGAUGAAGAUGGAACUAGAGAAUUUCAAAAAGGAUACUCUUGUCCAGCCUGCGAAGCGAAUCUUUCAGGAAAAUACGACGUGGUUCGYGUGGAAUUGCAACCACCAGAACAAUACAAAUCAAUGAUACUUGCUGGUCAUCGCCCAGAGAUUAUCAUGGAAAUAGCAACUCGUGCACUAUCCUUUUGGACAUACCAGAUAUUUCAAGAGCGAACCUACCAGGAGUAUGUUGCAAACAAUUCAAAAGAAAAGRCGUCGCAAAUGGAGAAAUUUUAUGAACAAACAAUCACGAAAGCACAGACAGAGAUUUCGUCUUUGAAGAACCAAAUAUCUGCCAAGUCCAAGGAGCUUGAAGAAACCAAAGCACGCUUUAAUGAAAUCUCGGAAAAGCUGGUAGACAAGAACAGACAGUAUUUAAAACUCCAGGGAAUGUAUGACACAUUAAGAAGGAAAUCUAUCACUCCAAAACUAAUGGUGGAAAGCGAAGAUAGAAGAACACUGGACUCCAGGACUUCCCAGAUCCGUAACGCUUUCCAGUUCCCUCUAGACACCGGAGCAGAUUUGCUCCGAAGAAAUGAGACGAUGCCCGACGAUAAUCCCAURAGAAUCGCUCUUCAAGCGGAACGUGAUUUUGUCCUCCAGCCUUCAAUGCCCAAAGAACAGCAAGAAACACUCAUAGGUACCCCUUCUCGAUCUCUGACCAACCAAGUACAAAGCCGCUUUACUCUAGACUUUGUGGGCACCCCCACAUCAAGACGCCUUUACCAAAACAAAUAACAAAAAAUAAACUGACGUGUCAACGUUAGCGAGCCAUGUAAA